CCUACUGUUUCCCGCUGUGCGCGCAGUGACAGCUUUAUGAGCCAGAAAGACGUCGGAACCCUACUUUUUUUCCCCCCGUUUUAUUACUGUCCCUUUCUCUCUCUGGGUUUCAAGAAGACGAUUCCUGUAUAUCCUGCUCCUCCGCGUGCCUUCGGAGCCAUGGAUGGGUUGUAGACGGCGCUGCGACAGUAAAAGAUGGAGCCGGGCUCUCUCAACCCUUCCGGGGAUGCUCUCCAUGGCCUCAGCUUUGGGCAGAAGAUUUACUUUGAGGAUUCUGGCGGAGGGGGAAGUGGGAGCUCCUCCAGGCCACCGCCGGCUCCGGUACAGGCAGCAGCAGCAGCGCCGUCCUCAUCUAGGAAAGGUAAGGGGGUGGCGCAGGGAGGGCAGCCGCAGCCGCCAAGGUGCCAGGUGGAGGGAUGCAAUGCCGAUCUGACUGGCCUUAAGACCUACUACUGUAGGCAUAAAGUGUGCGGGAUGCAUUCCAAGGCGCCCAAUGCGAUUGUUGCGGGGUUGGAGCAGAGGUUCUGUCAGCAGUGUAGCAGGUUUCAUCAGUUAUCUGAAUUUGACCAAGGAAAGCGCAGCUGUCGCAGACGUCUGGCAGGACAUAAUGAGCGCCGGAGGAAACCACCUAUGCUUCUCCCAUCACGCUUGGGCUGCCUUCCUCCAAUUGCACACGAACAAUCUAGGAGAUCGAGAAGCUUUCUGGUGGAUUACAGCUACCCAAUUUUCUCAAGCAAUGCAAGAGGUGUCUUGCCACCUGCAAGGUCCGGUCUGGUGGUUUCUAAUGAAUGGAAUGAAGGUUUAGAUGCUCCACCCAUUGCACCUGCUUUGCAUGGUACUACACCUCCGUGUUUUCAGGGAUCUUCUGCAGGGUCAUUUGGCUCUCCGGCGGAAUUUCCACCUGGUGAAUAUGUUAUAGAAGUCUCGGACUCGAGCUGUGCUCUCUCUCUUCUGUCAACUCAUGCAUGGGAUAGACACUCUACCAACAAUUUUCCUUCAGAAUUUCCAGCAAGCAGCAACUUGGAUGGUUCGCCAAUGUCUCAUUCCAGCAUCACCAGUGAUCGUGGCCUCAACUCCUGGGGCUUCAGAGGUCAUAGAGACCGGACUAUUGCACAUGAGAUCCAUGAUGAAAUGCCAUUGGCAGGGGCGACUGGAGCUAAUGGCUCUCACUUCUCCGGUGAGUUAGAGUUUGCUUUGCAUGAAAAUGAUCAGUGCUCUGACCAUGGUUCUGGUAGCGCAUAUGAUAAUUCAGGCCCGAACAUGCAUUAGUCUCUUUAGUUUAGAACUGGUCAUGGUUUAUUUUGAUGAAAUCUUGGUGAUGUAGCUUGUUUGGAUGCCUUUGUUUGAUGGCUAGCAUCAUGCAUCCAAUUCUUCGUGAACCCUGAAUUGCUUCAUUUCCAAAGAUUCAUGUUAUGUUACUAGACAUUGAUAUCUAUAUGUAUGAAACCUGUGUUCUAUUACA